GCGGCAGCAUGGCGGGGUUGGGGCGCUGGGCGCGGGUAGCGCUGCGGCUGCGGACGGCACCGGGCACGGCGCGGUGGUGUCGGGCGCUGUGCGGGGCCUCUGAGGCACCGCCUCCUCCACCUCCUUCUUCCGCGGGGGAGCGGGCGCUGGCGGCGGCGCUGGGCGCCGGCGCAGCGGGGCUGUUGCUGUUGUGGGCCCGGGAGAGCCGCCGACCCGCCCUGCCCACCCUGUCCGCCGCCGUGCCCGCCCCGCCGCCGCCCUCCUCGCCCCGCGCCGCCUUCAACUUCAUCGCCGAUGUGGUGGAGAAGACGGCGCCCGCGCUGGUCUACGUGGAGAUCGUGGGCAGGCAUCCUUUUUCGGGCCGUGAUAUGCCCAUCUCCAAUGGCUCGGGUUUCUUGGUAUCCUCGGAUGGGCUCAUCGUGACCAACGCUCACGUGGUGGCCAACCGGCGACGUGUGCGGGUGAAGCUGGCCAGUGGUGAGCAGUACGACGCUGUGGUGCAGGACGUGGACCAGGUUGCAGACAUUGCCACCAUCAAGAUAAAGCCUAAGCACCCACUGCCCACCCUGCCCCUGGGGCGCUCCUCCGAGGUGCGGCAGGGAGAGUUCGUGGUGGCCAUGGGCAGCCCCUUCGCCCUGCAGAACACUAUCACCUCCGGCAUUGUCAGCUCUGCCCAGCGGGGCAGCCGAGAGCUGGGCCUGACCACCUCUGACAUGGAGUACAUCCAGACCGACGCUGCCAUCGACUUCGGGAACUCCGGGGGCCCCCUUGUCAACUUGGAUGGAGAAGUGAUCGGAGUGAACACCAUGAAGGUGACAUCAGGCAUCUCCUUUGCCAUCCCCUCGGACAGGCUGCGCAAGUUCCUGCAGAAGGAGGAGCAGCGCAAGACAGGCUCGUGGUUUGGCAACGCAGAGACGAAGCGCCGUUACAUAGGGGUGAUGAUGCUGACCCUCACACCCAGCAUCCUGGCUGAGCUGAAGUUGCGUGACCCCAGCUUCCCUGAUGUCUCCUAUGGAGUGCUGAUCCACAAGGUGAUCAUUGGCUCUCCAGCCCAUCAGGCAGGGAUGAAGGCUGGGGACGUGGUGCUGGAGAUCAACGGGCAGCCGUCUCGCCGCGCGGAGGAUGUGUACGAGGCAGUUCGGACACAGCAGAGCCUGGCUAUGCUGGUGCGGCGUGGCUAUGACACAUUGCUGGUGAGCGUUGUCCCUGAGGUCACAGAGUAGCAGUGCUGCCGUGCUGGGCACGGACUGGCCCAGAGCCGAGGACACAGGACAGAGACACAUCUGUGCACUGAUCCAGAGCUCCUGAGGAACUGACUGGAAGGGGCCAGGCAGAGGGGCUGGCCCAGUGCUCGGAAGGACUCAAGAUGCAACCAUUCCCCUCCAUACUCCAAUAAAGCUCUUUUCUAGGGA